UUGUAAAUAAAGAUGACGUGUGUAGGAAUUUUUGUAUCAUUUUUUCUAUUAUGUAUCGUAAAUAUUUAAACUGUUUACAUAUUUUUUUGCUGUUCAGUGUGAUUUUACUACAAUUUAAAUAUCUUCAAAGAGAAGAAUACUAAAAGCAAGCACUUCUUGAUAACGCCCUUACUCGACGUAUAUUGUAGGGUCAUUGUGACAAAAAUUAAACACUAAUGCUUGAAAUGAUAAGAAAUUAAAAGUAUAGAUAAGAAAAAGAUAACGGCAAAUGCCUUACAUUUUAGUCCGCGGUAAUCUCGCAUCUUAUGGAAAUAAAUCACCUUGGCGUGUAUUAGUCUCAGGUUUAAAACCAACUGAUAUUGAACAGUUAAAUAGAUUUGCAUCAGGUGGUUAUUGUGACGACUCUACGAUAGUAUACAUGCAACAUCCUUGUGUAAUUUUGACGGCUCUUGAAGUUUUGGGAUAUAGAGUUGUUGCAUCCUCUUCAACGAGUGUUAAACAAGAUUACAACGAAUAUAUGUGGACUAUGCGAAGAGAGUUUUCUGAACCAGACCCACUUGAACAAGAAUCAAAUUCAAAAGCUAGUGUAUUCUAAGUAACUAUUGUCAUUGAAAGACAGGAAUAUUUGAUUUACAUCUACUCCAAAGUCAGCCAAUGGAGAUUCCUGCAAAGAUUGUAAUGUCUUCUGGAACUCACUCUUAUUAUAUAGCAGUUAAAGCUUCGCUUCAUUCGUCUGAUACUGCCGUAU